GUCAUUUGUUGUCGUGUCGAGUCGUGCCGCUCGGAAAUGAAUCAGGUAUGGCUGCUCUUCAAGAUGCUGGAGAUAUUGGCUGGCUGCGUCUGCACAUACGUGCACACUGUUGCCGCGCUGAACCUCGAGGAGCCGAUGAAUCACAAUUUGUUCUUGUGUGGCACCUUUGCCAGCUUUACGCUGCUCGCAGCGAUCCGUUGCAUACGGAUCGGGAUGGGACUGCGCACGCUGCUGCGCUCCCUGCUCUUUCAAAGCAUCUUCGCCACCGUCAUGCACUUCCUGUGCUCUUUGGUAGCCAUGAACUACGCAGAGAACGACUUUCACUUGCAGUUCAUGAGUGACGUGGGCGAGGCGCAGCAUCUCUACUUCAGAUAUUGCCGCUUGCAGAGCAUCAUUUCCCUCAUCACUGGCGGCAUCUAUCUGAUUGAGUGCAUCCUGGUGCUGGAUAUUAUUGUGAAGAUACCGCAGGCGGAUCAUAUGCCCUUGAAUGUUGUCACCGAACCACCGCAGAAGGAGGAAACCUGGCAGCACAUGACCAAUGACGAGCUCGAUACCUGGGCCAGAAUAUCGGCCGACAUUUUCUUCCUGGGCAAAGACUUCGACUUUUGGCUGCGCGUCAACUGCAAGUGGUUUCGUCGAAUAGCUGGCAGCCAGGAACUAAUUCUGUUCCCUGAGGGGUGUACGGAAUCCGAUUCUGUCGAUAUGCAGCAGACCUACACACACGAAAUACUUGGCUGAUAACAAAUCUGGGCAAAUCUGAGGGGCAGCUGUUGGUGACGACGAUGAUGGUCGAACUGAUGCAUCACAUUAGAAUAUCUGAAGUCACGGCUCUAUACAACACGAGUCUUCAAACAAGUUGCCACGACUCAGCACGACUCAACAUGACUGUACACGAACUAACACAACUAUACACGACUUAACAAAGCUAAACAUAACUACAAGUAAUUCUAGUCCAAGCUGACUCAACGCGAACUCAGCCAGUUGUCACACGACUCAGCACGAACUAAAGACGAGCCUUGAAGUGAUUUCUCACGCCUCAAUACAUUGCAAUGCUUCUGCAUACGAACCAUACGAGCCACAUGAUCCACACGAUCCACACGAUCCGCUCAAAUACGUUUUCUCCCUCUGUCGCUUAAAAUUUGAAGUUCGUGUUUAUGGUUGAGCAUCGCUUCGGUUCAUCGGUUCAUCGGCUCUUCGGCUCAUCGCUAGCUCAUAAAUACAUUGUCUGCAAUUUUUAUUUGAAUUUAUGCCUUAAAUUUCAGCUCGAAUUCUCAUAUAUUGCAAUGAGUUAGGCACACACGCACACACACACACCUAUGUAUACGGCAUUUAUAUUUAUGGUAUGUCUGGCAGUCGCUCGUGCCGCCCAGAAAUUGCUGUCACAUAUCCAUUUCAUGCAUUUGACUGCCCAAAUUGUCAACUUGACAUGAAAUUAGAAAAGCGCAAAGCAUUUAAACAUGCUCCAAUAUGCAAAUGAAAAUGCUCAAAGAAAUAUUUGUAUACCAGAUACACACA